AGAGCCGCGAUCCCCACUCCGGCGCGUCAGGCUGGGUGACUGCUGUCCCAGGAGUGGGGACAUCGCGUGCACAGUCGGCGCGUAAGUAUCCUUCGAAUGCUCCUCUCCAGAAAGGAGCCUCUGGGCAUAUAUGAGUGUUUGUGUAAACGCGAAUGAAUUCGACUCCGUGGAGCCAAACAGGUGAACUUUUAGCGCUGAGUUCACAGGAGGCUUUUUAUCCGUCAUCGUGGCUACCUACAUUUUUGAGAAUGAUUCUGAAUUAUUACUAUUAUUUUUUGAGACGGAGUUUCGCUCUUGCUGCCCAGGCUGGAGUGCAAUGGCGCUAUCCCUGCUCAUUGCAAACCUCCGCCUCCCGGAUUCAGGCAAUUCUCCUGCAUCAGCCUGCCGGGUAGCUGGAACUACAGGCGCGUGCCACCACGCUCGGCUAACUUUUUGUAUGUUUAGUAGAGACUGGGUUUCGCCAUGUUGGCCAAGCUGGCCUUGAACUCCUGACCUCAGGUGAUCCACCUGCCUCGGCCUCCCACAGUGCUGGAAUUACAGGCAUGAGCCACCGCACCCGGCCAAUUUUGGAUUACUUUUACAUAAUCUGAUAUAGAUAGAGAAUCAAAGGAAGCUGCUUGUGAGUUACCGUACUUUAUCCAGUGUAUUAUAUUGUUUGCCUGCGGCUUGCUAAUGAGAGUGGAUCACACUCAAAUAUUUUGCGGAGUGAUGCUUAAAAAUGAACAUUUCUCUGAAACGUGGAGAAGGUGAGAGCAUUUUUUAAAAGUUUAGCCUGGGGAGUUUGUUAAAUGUCAGCUCUGAGUGGAUAUUAAACAGUUUCAAUAGGAAAACAUGUAGUAAUGAAAGUAUGCUCUGCUUUAUAGAUAAGAAUUAAUAAAAAUAUAUCAUGUAACAGUGUUAAUCCUCCCAAAUUCCCUUUUAGAAGAAGGUAUCAAUGAAGCUGCCUUCUAACUUUGUUAGGCUGAAAGGUUAUGUUUGGCAAGCCCAUCUCAUGAACACGACUGAACGCAGAAAGAAGUUUUGGUUUUCUUUGUUUGAUGUUCGUUUGUUUUUAGACAGAAUCUUACCUGUCACCCAGGCUGGAGUGCAGCAGCACGAUCUCAGCUCACUGCAACCUCUGCCUCCCAGGUUCAAAUGCUCCUACCACCUCAGCCUCCUGGCUGGCUGGGACUACAGGCACACCAUAUCUGGAUACUUUUUGUAUUUUUUUGUAGAGAUGGGGUUUGGCCAUGUUGCCCAGGCUCCUCUCAAAUUCUUAAGACCAAGUGAUCCACCUGCCUCAGCCUCCCAAAGUGCUAGGAUUACAGGCAAGAGCCACCGCGCCUGGGCAGCAGUAAGUUUUGAAAAGGGGAAAUUAUGUUAGAGCUAUGGCCAUUCUGAAAUGCCUAGUGUUAUUUUGGGCCUCAGUUUCCUGUAUAAUAAAUGGGCUUUGCACAGAGAAAGUGUUCAGUAAACAUUUGUUUGUAAACAUAAGGAAGUCCCCAAAAUUCCUUAAGAUCAGCUUCUCACACUGUUUGUUCUAUACCCUACUUCUGUUGAUUAUGAGUGGCUUAUUUUUUUUUUUUAAUUUUUUCUCCAGAUAGUCAUAGAAUCAUGACCACAACCUUUUAAAGAUGAAAACAGGCCGGGCGCGGUGGCUCACGCCUGUAAUCCCAGCACUUUGGGAGGCCGAGGCGGGUGGGUCACAAGGUCAAGAGAUUGAGACCAUCCUGGUCAACAUGGUGAAAACCCAUCUCUACUAAAAAUACAAAAAAUUAGCUGGGCAUGGUGGCGCGUGCCUGUAAUCCCAGCUACUCAGGAGGCUGAGGCAGGAGAAUUGCCUGAACCCAGGAGGCGGAGGUCACAGUGAGCCGAGAUCGCGCCAUUGCACUCCAGCCUAGGUAACAAGAGCGAAACUCUAUCUCAAAAAAAAAAAAAAAAAGUGAAAACAUUCAGACUAUAAUCUAGUUAAAUAAUUUUUACCCCCUUUAUGCAGAUAAAGGAAUUAAAGCCAGAUAUGGUAGCUCAUGCCUAUAAUCCCAGCACUUUGGGAGGCCAAGAUGGGAGGAUCACUUGAGCCCAGGAGUUCAAGACCAACCUGGGCAACCUGUCUGUACAGAAAAGUUUAGCCAGGCCCAGUGGUGUAUGCCUGCAGUCCCAGCUACUCAGAAGGAUGAGGUGGGAGACUCAGAAGAAUGAGAUGGGAGGAUCACUUGAACCUAGGAAUUCGAGGCUGCAAUGAGCCAUGAGAUUGCCACUGCACUCCAGCCUGGGCAACUGAGCGAGACCUAAUCUCAAAAGAAAGAGAGAAAGAAAAAGAAAAAAAAAAAAGAAAUUAAGAACUAGAGGCCAGAAGUGGUGGCUCAUGCUUGUAAUCCCAUUUUAGGAGGCUGAGGAGGGAGGUUCACUUGAGCCCAGGCAUUCAAGACUAGCCCGGGCAAUGGAGUGAGACCCCAUCUUUAUAUAUAGAUGAACUAGAGAGAUUCCUUACCUCAUCCAAAGUCACAAGGUCACAAGGUUGGUUAGCCUGAAGCUAUGGUUAUGACCCAGGUCUCAAGCCAAUCCAUAACCCAACUUGCCUUUCCCUUUGCCAGCUCAUUCCAUUUUUGAUUGUGUCUCUGUAUCAUCCUUAAGAUUAGCUUCCUUUAAACUACGAUCUCUGUACUGAGUUCCCUCAAUUCUCACUCAUUUUAGAUGCCCAAACAGACACAUUCACCUCUUCAAGCAUGUCCAGUUUCCCAAGUCAGGAUAGGAUAUACAGCCUCUAGACCCUGUAUAAUCUUCACCUACCUUUCUUAAUUAGCAAUUGACCAACAUGACUUGAAAGAGCUUUUGUAGGCUUUUCAAAUGCAUUGCCUCUCACUGUACAUCUUGCCAAGAACUGAAUUCCUGAGGGAGUGAAUGCUUAGGAUGCAGAGAGGUCUUUUGGGUUAGGGUGGAACUAAGAUGUUAUUUUCCCUCCACCCACCAAGCUUUUCUCUUAAUCUUCAUUUUCCUCUAGCUCAUUCAACCCAGUGUCUCUGCCCAUCCCCACGCUGGGGAGAUUUUUUGUCUUAGUAGUCCAGGCUAAGCCAACCCUUUCUUGAGGAUUGAGUUCAUCAUUUAAGUCUACACAUGGUACCACUUCCUGGGAGGGAUACAACUGAUGCUUGACACACAGGACCUGACCAAAGAUUUUUCUGAGUUGUUGCCAGAACAUGAUUGAGUUAGAAACCAGUAUGGCCUGGGACUGGGAAGCUCCUUAAACAAAGUGGGACUUAAACUGGGAAUUGAAGGGCAAGUUGGCUCCAGAUCCUUAGAGACUGAAGACAGCGGCAGAGAGAGAUGGCGUUAUAGGUGGAAGGAGAGGCAAUGGGUCACAGAAUAAUGAUUGCUGAGUAGAGGAGCAAGUCAUUCUUUUUUAAAACAAUGAAAGUGACAUAAAGGGGAAAUUUGGAGAUUCUGAGUCUUUGAGGCUAUUAAACUGCAGUUCCAGAUCCUAAUGAUGAGCAUUUCAGACUCUUUUCUCUACAUUGCUAUAAUUCCUUACACUGCUGGGAGCAGCUUCUCUGAUAUGCUUUGAUAUACUAUAGCAUCUGAUAUACUCUGAUAUACUAAAAGCAGAGGGCUUUUAGGAGAGAAGAGUUUUGUUUUUAAAUAAAAGAUCACUUCUUGAUCUCAUUUUUACAAUAGUCAGCUCCCCUUUCACAGCCUGUUUCAUUCCCCCUUCUAGCCAAACAGCCAACCUUGGAAUAAGGCUGGAGGUCCUGCCCUCCUCUCCCCAUCCUAGACAGUGAUUCUGAGGCACUUCUUCCAGGAGAGCCAGUCCUUCAGUCAAAUCACAGGUGCCUAUGGGACAGACCAAAGUGUAUUAUUAGAUAAAAAAGAGCUCCGUCUGAAAAAGAUCUACCUAAGACUCUGUCAGGGCCACAGAGAAGAAAAAAUUCCAAGUCCAUCGAAAUAACUUGGAAAGAAUGCCUUGUGGGGAUCAUAGCACAGUGGUUGCUAGUAGUGAGCAGGAGGCAGGAUCUGGAGGGAAGACACUGAAAAUCAUUCAGGGUCUAAUUAAGAGUAACAGCGGGGUGCGGUGGUUCACGCCUGUAAUCCUAGCACUUUGGGAGGCCAAGGCAGGCGGAUCAAGACCAUCCUGGCCAACAUGGUGAAACCUCAUCUCUACUAAAAUUACCAAAAAUUAGAUGGGCGCGGUAGCGUGUGCCUGUAGUCCCAGCUACUCGGGAGGUUGAGGCAGGAGAAUUGCUUAAACUCGGGAGGCAGAGGCUGCAGUGAGCCGAGACCGUGCCGCUGCAUUCUAGCCUGGGCGACAGAAUGAGACUCCAUCUCAAAAAAACAAAAAAAGUAAUAUCUCUAGGGCUUGAUUCUGUCCUUAGAACAUUAAUAGGAGGGUCAUCUCUCAUCUUCCCUGCGGUUUGCCCCCUCCCUGAGCCAAGGUGGGGGUGGAAAUUUCCCCCAGCUCCUGACCAGGUUGGGGGCGGGGGGCAGGGGGCAGGCAAGAUGGAGGCUGCAGUUCCAGGCAGCUUGGCCAGCAUGCUCUGGGGCUGUCCCCACCCCCUAGUGGCGUGCAGCCCUGGUGGCUCCUAGAAGCAACUGGUGGGAAGCCUGCUCCCUAUGGGGGAGGCAGAGGACUGCAUCCUUGUCCAGGCUGAAACUGUCCACACAGCCGUCCAGCAAUUUCAGGCAGAGUGUGUUUGGGCAGAACCUUAGGAGGAUACCCAAACUAUCAGCACUGGCAUUGGGAGAGGCUCCAGAUUCCCUACAAGCCCAGAGGCUUUUGCUGUUAGUAUCCUGACACUGUGAGAGAGUUUGAGGUCCCGGGAAGACCCUGGUAUUCUUAUACCUCUGUUCAUCUUGAACAGUGCUUCCCACCCGCUUCCCUUUUUAUAUAUGCUCACCUAAAUCCCCUGGUGUGCAGGCACAUCUGUUGCUCCUUAACUUAAACAAGUAAAAACAAUAAACAAAAAAUCCUAAGUUCUUCUGUUCAAAGGGUUCUCAUUUUCCCUGGGCAGUUCAAAAUCAUCAGUUUCACUUUGCUUCCUACUAAAGAUUACUUAGUGUCUGGAAAUUGAAGAUGAUGAAGGCACAGGCUCUAAUCUAACAUAACCCUGGAGCAAGGCUUGAGGGGCCUCUGCAGAUUCAUGUUGUUUUCCCUUGAAGAUACCACAGUGUAACUCCUGGUAACAGAUGUGAAACAGACUUGCAGGGACCAGCACGGGCAACCAGAGCAUCACCGUUCCCAUCUUCCUGCCCUGUUCCAAGAAGCAAAACAAGAGCAAGUUGAUAUACUGGGGAAGACCAGAUUAUUGAUGAGAAGUUGUUUUUUGGCCUAAAAAGUGUUUUAAAAAUCCCACAUUGCCUGAUUGGGUUCAUCAUCUCCUUGGCCUAUUUUCGCUAGUAAAGCAUAGUCGGAAAGGCUUCUUCCAUCUCCCUUCCCCAUAAUCCCUCAAUGGAGAUUCUGUUUCCAGCUGCUGCCAGCCGUGGUGAUGCUUGACACACAAAUCAGGAGCUAGCGGUGGCUCUCAAAUUGUGAAAGUAUAAGAAUCACCCGGUGAGCUGCGUGCUGGGUUCCGAUCCAAUGUUUUCGAGGCAGGGCCUAGCCAUGUAUGUUUUCAAUAGUCUCCCCGGUGACUCUAACAUACCUCAAAAUUAACAAACCCUUGGCGAAGGUCAUGCAUUGUCUUUGUCCAGCAGGACUGAGCUCAGGGGGAAGUGGACCCAGUAGAAACAUCUCACUGUAAUUCAUCAGAACCCCAGCACUGAGCACCCAGAGGGGCCAGGCUCUGUCUUAUGCCCUGAGGGUAGAGAAGUGAUGAAGUCGCAGCCUCCCUGUUCAAAGGGCAGGCAGGCUUGUGGAGAGCAGCUCUCUAAGUAGCAGGGUGAGACCUGAUGGAAGGGUCCAUGGCUCAGGUAAGAGGCCCUGGCCACUUAUUAAAACAAUUACAUGUCAGUCCCACGAUAGCCUCCACUAGAGAAGGGCUUCUGGCUUGUAAGCUCAGAUGCGACAAAGAAGGACACAGUGAUCAUUUCCAGAAUCCUCUAGAGGCAGAUAAGGCAAAAUGGCUUUCACUUCUCUGUGGUUGGGUGACUUCUUUCUUGCACAGGUGGAAGAGUGAAUUUUCUUGUUUGCCUUGUUUUUUCCUUGAGGUGUAUCACAGAAAAAUUCAUGAGUCUAAAGUGUACCCCUUGAAGGAUUUUUUUUUUCUCAUAUGCAUACACCUGUGUAACCACAUCUAAGCCGGGACAUUCGUAAGGGAGUAAAGACCUCACAGCGGGGACAAGUAACUGUUCAACUUUGAGCAGUCUGUAAAGCCUGAGAUCUCAGGGUAUGGCUGUUCUCCUUGGCCAUCCUUAAAAUUAACCCCUGAAAUUAACAAGUGUCUGGUGAGUACCUGCAAUAUUGGAACCUUCUGAGGUAAGUCUCAGGGCCCCUCAACUCUAAGUCCAACAUGGGUGGUCUGCAAUUUUAGGAGCUGAGUUUCAGUAACAGAUUUUGUGUUGACCCUGUAUAAUCUCCACCUACCCUUCUUAAUUAGCAGAUGACCACCAUCACCCUCAAAGGGCUUUUGUAAGUUUCUCAAAUGCAUUGCCUCUCACUGGAAAUCUUGCAAAGAACUGAAUUCAGGAGGGAGUGAACUUGGGGCCUUUACUUGGGAGGGGUCCCUUCUUUCUGCUUGCCACAAUUUAUCUUCCUUUUCUUUUAAUAUUGUAUUUUUAUUAUCUAGGGUAAAACGUAAUAUUACAUUACAGCUUAUAAUGGCGACCCCUGAAGAAAGCAGCAACCCCCAUGAGAGCAUGACACCCCAGCUGCCAGCACAGCCGCAGGAUCUUGAUUCUCGGGUGGCCCGGAGACGCCUGUCCCAGGCCCGCCACCGAGCCACCCUGGCGGCGCUCUUUGACAAUCUCAGGAAGACAGUGUACUCUCAGUCUGAUCUCACAGCCUCAAAGUGGCAGGUUCUGAAUAAGGCAAAGAGUUAUAUUCCGGAACUGGAGCAAACCCUGGAUAAUCUGCUGAAGCUCAAAGUAUCCCUCAACCUGGAGGAUGGGCAUGCAAGCAGCUUAGAGGAGGUCAAGAAAGAAUAUGCCAGCAUGUAUUCUGGAAAUGACAGCCUGCUCUCAAACAGUUUUCCUCAGAAUGGUUCCUCCCCUUGGUACUCAAUUGAGGCAGUCAAGAAGGAUGCUGAGGAGGAGGAAGAUGAGGAAGAGGAAUGCCAAGAAGAAGAGGAGGAAGAAGAAGAAGAGGAGGAAGAGGAGGAGGAGGAGGAAGAGGAGAAAAAAGUGCUCGCAUACUCUCCAGACACUUUGUCGCCUGACCUCGUGGAAUUUGAACGGUAUCUCAACUUUUACAAACAGACGAUGGACCUUCUGACUGGCAGCGGGAUCGUCUCCCUGCAGGAGGGGGCGCUGCCCAUCGUCUCCGCGGCCAUCUCCCACCUGUGGCAAAACCUCUCGGAGGAGAGGAAGGCCAGCCUCCGGCAGGCCUGGGCACAGAAGCACCGUGACCCGGCGAGCCUGGCGGGGGCCUGCCGGGAGGCGGCCUGUGCUGAGGGCAGCAUGAAGGACAGCGGAGUGGACAGCCAGGGAGCCAGCUGCUCGCUGGUCUCCACGCCCGAGGAGAUCCUUUUCGAAGAUGCCUUUGAUGUGGCAAGUUUCCUGGACAAAAGUGAGGUUCCAAGUACAUCUAGCUCCAGUUCAGUGCUUGCCAGCUCCAACCCAGAAAACCCAGAGGAAAAGUUUCAGCUCUAUAUGCAGAUUAUCAACUUUUUUAAAGGCCUUGGCUGUGCAAACACUCGAGUAAAACAGGAAGCAUCCUUUCCUGUUGAUGAAGAGAUGAUCAUGUUGCAGUGCACGGAGACCUUUGACGAUGAAGAUUUGUAAUGCAGAAGCGGGGCCAGGACGGGAGGGACUGAAGGAGGUGGGCAGUUCCCAAGGUUGAAUGCGGGCAGCUAAGGUUGCAUGUGCCUUGGCCUCCAGGACUCUUUGGAGUGGGUUGUUCCGAAAGCAUUUUGAUGAUUUUCUGAUUAUUAUAAUGUAUAAGAGAAGCAUGGCCUCGUGUUGGUCUCUCAGGGCUGUUUGGCAUGAAGGGCUGGCUUGCUGCUAUUGUGCUCCUAUUAAGGAGGUAGGAAGUACAGCUGGGGCCCAGGCCACGGGCCUUUCAAGGUGGACAGGCAGGGUCUGUCCUUGGAGGUGAUGUAACACCAGGUACUUUCAGCAUGUCCUGGGCACAGGGCAUUGCCCUGAUGUGUUCUAGAGAGUUCCAGAGCCCAUCUGUUCAUCCUACACACUCUGAGAGCCAGGGGCAGUGCCGACCUCAACCCUGUGCUGCAGGACAGCUGGGUGGAACCAGAUAUAUCUGCUGCUCCUGGUAAUAAAGUCACCUGAAUGGGAGUGGUAGUGAGGUCCCAGGCUUUUUUCUGAGGGCUUUCUGUGAGGCUUCUGGGCAAAGGGUACAUACAUGUCCCUGGGAUUGGAUACUGGGGGUGAGGGUGAAUACUGGGGGUGAGGGUGAAUUUUAUGUGUCAACUUGGCUAGUCCGUGGUACCCAGGAAUUUGGUCAAACAUUAUUCUAGAUGUUUCUGUGAAGGUAUUGUUAAUGAAAGUAACAUUUAAAUCAGGAGACAUCGAGUAAAGCAGAUGAUCCUCCACAAUGCUUCCUAUCAGUUGAAGGCCUGAAUCGAAAGACACCUCCCAGGAGGAAGCGGGAAUCCUGCCAGCCGUCCGACUUUGGACUUGAACUGUGGCUCUUCCCAGCCUGCCGGCCAACCCUGCAGAUUUUUAGACCUGUAUCUCCACAACUGCAUGGGUCCCUUCCUUAAAAUAAAUACUUCACCUCUCUCUUUCUCUGUAUUUACAUACAUACACAUCUUAUUGGUUCUGCUUCUCUGGAGAAUGCAGGGUGUGCAGGAAGAAUGGGCGUGCAUGGCUCUUUACAGUUUUUAAGGCAUCAUAACAGCCCCUCCCCUCCACUGAAGCCCUCGCAAAGGCUUGGGCUGUGUCAUCUCCCAGAGAGAGCCUGAAACAUAGGCUAAGUCUUAGGACACAGACCCAGUCCUGUGUGACUCCAAAGUGGCCCUUAGAUGCAUGAGCCCACACUCAAGGACUUCCCCUAGGGGUGUGCAGGGAUAGGAGCUUCGCCAGCCCUUCACAGCAUACACAUCACCGCACUGAGUGGGCAGACGGAGGCUCUCCAGGAGCUGGGCAGGGAGGGCCUUUGUGCUCAGGGGCAGCCUGAACUCCUGCUGGUAAGAGAAGAAUGCAGGAACCCAGGCCGGCCACACCCAGUGGCUCACCAAGCCAGCUGCAUGAGAAAGAAGAAAUGCAGAUUUUCAUAGGGGCCUGCACAUAGUAGGUCCUCAAGUAAUGUGUGCCAGUGCUAGCCAGCACCUCUCUUUGUACCAAGCUCUGUCCUGAUCCUAUUUAGUCCAAGGCUGCGACUUCAUUCCUCCAGCAAUACUUGCCAGCGGCCCCUGGUCAGAGAGGACCUCAGCAGGACGUGGAAGUGUCCCUUCCCCCCACAACCUGGUGCUGUGGUGAUGUCCCCACCACUAGUCCUCAGCCCAACAGCCCUCUUGCUUCUCUCCUGCAGCCUUGGAUAUUGGCAUAGUCCAGGAUGGAUUUAUUGUGUAAAACUACCUUCACGUGGUUCUCAAUCUCCUUCCUCCCCACUGAGGACUUGUAUCAGAAAGAUACCUUCUUUUAGCUAUCAGUGAGUACUGUAGCAAUCACAGUUCUGCAGAGAAACAGCACCAAUAGGAUAAAGUCAUCAAGACUUGUUUUAAGAAAUUGGUUUAUCUGUUUGUGGGGACUACAUGUCUGAAAUCUGUAGGGCAGGCCAGGAGGCUGGAAACUUGGGCAGGUGUUGGCACUACAGUCUUGAAACAAUUUCUCCUCCCAGAAACCUCAGUUCUGUUCUUAUGGCCUUCAGCUAAGUGGGUGAGCCCCAACCAUAUCACCAAGGGUAAUCUUGCUAAUUGAAAGUGGACUGGUUGUAGAUGUUAACCACACGUAUAAAAUGCCUUCACGACAUCCCCUAAAGAAAUGCCUGAUAAGAUGACUGGAUACUAUAGCUUGGCUGACUUGACACGUGAAACCAACGUUACAGGUACCGCUUGGGGAUUUUUAUGUUGUUAUAACAGCUUUCUAUAGAGGUUCGGCCUCUGUUGAUACUGCCAAUUGAUAAAUAA